AUGGAGAGACUUGGGCGGGAGUGGGUGUGGCUGCCGCACUGCUUCGGGCUGCUAGACGCGUUCGAGGCUGGCGGCAAGGCUGGGAGAGGUGCACCCGUCAACCGCCGCGACUGUCGGUCACGCUAUUGUGGCGACAACCGGGGCAGUGAGAGGGCUCACGACGCUAAGAAGCUGGAGGAAGCAGAAAGGGAAACCGCGCCGUGGUCCUUCUCGCUAGACAUUCCGGGCAGCCGAGGGGACAAGACGCUCCGUCACUGUGGCUCUUGGCCCCUGGACUGGCGAUGGUGCAAGGCGUGCGGUUUCGGCAGCCCCGUGGCGCUUGGGAGAGGAGAUGGGUUGGGCUCGUGCUGGACCAGCAACACCGGCAAGACAUGCUGCCCGGCCUCAGAGCGCAGGCGGCGCUUGAUGGCCAUGUCAUCGUCCGAGACAAGAGGGCGAGGCCCCAUGGACGACUCGCAGUGGCAACGAGAGGCAGCACAGCAAGGCCAGCCGACACAAAUCGACCAGGAAAUGUUGCGACAGGGUGAAACGGAGCCGUGGCUGCAUGUGAUUGCUAGCGACGCGGCGCCGGACCUGGGUCUGGAGGAUCUCGAUACGGGCGGGUGGCGUGACGGUCAGCUGUUCGCUCCGGCAUCGCCAACCUUGUCGCCGUCCUCCACCACCGCCGCGUACCAGCCGUGGGAAGGCAGUACCAACUCUCUGCUGCCAUCAUCCACCGCCCCUAUCGACUAUCAGACCUGGAUGGGCAGCCCAAGUUCUCUGUCGCCAAUGACCGGCCAGUAUGAGUUCACGGCCCUGGGGAAUCCGUACAGCGCCACAGACCCUGCCAACCUCAGCAGCCAUGUCUCGCCCGCAUCGUUCCAGCACCAGCCGGCACUCGAAUUCGUCUCGUAUGCUGAUGCCGGCCCUUCCAAGCCUGCCAUUGGGACCAGGAGCGGAAGCGGAAGCGGAAGCGGAAGCGGAAGCGGACCCCGCGCCAAGGCCAAGCUCCGGAGGGCGUCGAGCAGCUCAAAGAACGUCCAGACCCGGGACGCUGAGCCGUCCAACGACCAAAAGACACGCAAGUCGCAUAACUUUGUAGAGAAGCAGUACCGCAACCGGCUCAACGCCCAGUUCGAAGCCCUGCUCGAUGCCCUCCCUGACACGGUCAAGUCGUCGCAGAUAAGCACUACCGCAGCCUCGGGCGGCGACUCGGACCUGGACCUCGGCGAGCGCCGGCUGAGUAAAGGCGAGGUGCUGGACCUGUCGAGGCGGUACAUUGGGACGCUCGAGAGAGAGCGUGACGCGCUGGACAGGGAGCGCCACGAUCUGGCAGCCAACAUGGACCGGCUGCGCGCCGCGUACAUGAGAAUGCAGGGCGAGUCGUCCGAGGCCAAGCCAGAGUGA